CUCAGGAACAGCGCUACGGCUACGGCGAGAACCUGUACAUGUGCUGGGGGUCGGACUCGUGCUACUCGCACGAGAAGGCGAUGGAGGGACUAUACUACGACGAAGUCCAGUUCGACAGUGUUCUCCAGUACGGUGGUCACGCGACCCAGAUCCUGUGGAAGGCUACGGAGCAAGUCGGAUGCGUCGUGGCGCGGUGCACCAACGGCGGAACCCCCUACACGUUCCUCGUGUGCCAGUACGACCCACCGGGCAACUACGGCGGCCAGUACGAGGAACAGGUGGGCCUUCCUGACUCCGGGAAGUCGUGCUAGACACGCCCACUUCCCUGUGUUUCAUCCGGACAACUCCUGGCGCCGAGUUGUUAUUGACCGUGAUGUCGAGCAGUUGAUUGGCUGAAGGUCGCCACAAGCCAGCUCGAAACUUUCCUCCGACGACAGUUGUCGACGCUAAAUAGACGGGUU